UGCCGCCACCGAUGCCGCCGCCGGCGCCGUCGGGCGAGGGCGAGGAGAACACGGUGCGGUUCGCCCGCAAAGGCGCCCUCCGGCAGAAGAACGUGCACGAGGUGAAGAACCACAAGUUCACCGCCCGCUUCUUCAAGCAGCCCACCUUCUGCAGCCACUGCACCGACUUCAUCUGGGGAUUCGGCAAACAGGGAUUCCAGUGUCAAGUUUGCUGCUUUGUGGUCCACAAACGCUGCCAUGAGUUUGUUACUUUCUCCUGCCCAGGGGCUGAUAAGGGCCCAGCCUCUGAUGAUCCGAGGAGCAAGCACAAAUUUAAAAUCCAUACGUACUCCAGCCCGACAUUUUGUGACCACUGUGGCUCCUUGCUGUAUGGGCUCAUUCACCAAGGCAUGAAAUGUGACACUUGUAUGAUGAACGUCCACAAGCGCUGUGUGAUGAACGUCCCCAGCCUCUGCGGCACGGACCACACCGAGCGUCGAGGGAGGAUAUACAUCAAGGCCCAGAUAGACAAAGAAGUCCUCACCGUUGUCGUAAGAGAUGCUAAGAAUCUAGUCCCUAUGGACCCUAAUGGCUUGUCAGAUCCGUAUGUAAAGCUUAAACUUAUUCCUGAUCCCAAGAGUGAGAGCAAGCAGAAGACUAAAACCAUUAAAUGCUCCCUCAACCCGGAAUGGAACGAGACAUUUAAAUUUCAGCUGAAAGAAUCCGACAAAGACAGAAGGUUAUCAGUGGAAAUUUGGGAUUGGGACCUCACCAGCAGGAAUGACUUCAUGGGAUCUUUGUCUUUUGGAAUUUCAGAGCUGCAGAAGGCAAGCGUUGAUGGAUGGUUUAAAUUGCUGAGCCAGGAGGAGGGGGAGUAUUUUAAUGUUCCGGUUCCCCCAGAAGGAGAAGAAGGGAAUGAAGAGCUCAGGCAGAAAUUUGAGAGAGCCAAGAUUGGUCAAGGCACCAAGGUUGCAGAAGAAAAGACAGCCAACGCUCUGUCCAAAUUUGACAACAAUGGAAACAGGGAUCGAAUGAAACUGACAGAUUUUAAUUUCCUCAUGGUCCUGGGAAAAGGGAGCUUUGGCAAGGUGAUGCUUUCGGAAAGGAAAGGCACAGACGAGCUGUAUGCGGUGAAGAUCCUGAAGAAGGAUGUCGUUAUCCAGGAUGAUGAUGUGGAAUGCACCAUGGUGGAGAAACGGGUGCUGGCCCUGGCUGGGAAGCCCCCGUUCCUAACACAACUCCACUCCUGCUUCCAGACAAUGGACCGACUGUAUUUUGUGAUGGAGUACGUGAAUGGUGGAGAUCUGAUGUACCAGAUUCAACAGGUUGGCAGAUUUAAGGAACCUCAUGCUGUAUUCUAUGCAGCAGAAAUUGCCAUUGGCCUCUUCUUCUUACAAAGCAAAGGCAUUAUUUAUCGGGACCUAAAGCUUGACAACGUGAUGCUGGAUUCUGAAGGGCAUAUCAAAAUCGCUGACUUCGGCAUGUGUAAGGAAAACAUUUGGGACGGGGUGACUACCAAGACGUUCUGCGGCACACCCGACUACAUUGCUCCUGAGAUAAUUGCUUAUCAGCCUUAUGGGAAGUCGGUGGAUUGGUGGGCAUUUGGAGUGCUGCUGUAUGAAAUGUUAGCGGGGCAGGCUCCUUUUGAAGGAGAAGAUGAAGAUGAGCUUUUUCAGUCCAUCAUGGAGCACAAUGUGGCCUACCCCAAAUCCAUGUCCAAGGAGGCAGUGGCCAUCUGCAAAGGGCUAAUGACUAAACACCCAGGCAAACGUCUAGGAUGUGGCCCAGAAGGGGAACGGGACAUUAAGGAGCAUGCUUUUUUCCGAUAUAUUGACUGGGAGAAACUUGAACGCAAAGAGAUUCAGCCCCCGUACAAGCCGAAGGCUAGAGACAAGCGAGAUACGUCCAACUUCGAUAAAGAGUUCACCAGACAGCCUGUGGAACUCACUCCCACUGAUAAACUCUUCAUCAUGAACUUGGAUCAGAAUGAGUUUGCUGGAUUCUCCUAUACUAACCCAGAAUUUGUUAUUAAUGUGUAGAUGAGGUUCGAACUCCAUUGAUUUACCUGCAGUGUGAAACUUGAGAUCGAGUUGUAAAUAUCACUUCUAGUCUUCCGGGAUUCAUGGUGCAUAUGCCGGCAUUGAAAAUGUGGAAAGCUUGUUUUAGGAGGCCUUUCUUUGUGGUGUAUCUCGCUAGCUUGGUUUCUAUAUUUGAAAACUUUUAGUUUGAAGUGAACAUUACCUACUUGUUAGCCAGAGGUGAAACUUUUCAUGCCUCCAGUCCAUAGUAACCCAGUAAAUGAACAAAAGAUGUCAAAACUACUGUGUCUAACACCAAAAUGCUACAGUAUUUGUAAUUUUUAAAAUCAGAAGCUGACAUUCUGGUAAAGUUUUUACAGUAAUACAACAAUGUCUACUUUGAUUGUUCAGCAUGGUUGGUAUUUUUAAAAGUUGUGAGUAAGCUUUGCAGUUACUGUGAAUUCUGUGUCUCUUAAAGGAACUUUUUGUUCAAGAAUUGAUAUAUUAAAUAUGAUUAAUGUGAUGAAGAUGUCUGCUUUACACAUUUAUAUUUUUUAAUGCAUUGUACAGAGUCUAACAGACUUGAAGAAGCAAAAGUCUUCCUCCUUAGCUCACAGAAAAUAUGUCCUCAUUCCAAUACAGUCACAGGUUUUCAUGUUCAUUAACUACUCAGGCAUAAAUAUAUCAUUCAUUAAGGAGGGUUGACUCUUUGGUUUAGGUUACCUGGAAUAGUUUGCAGCUUGAAUAUGAUAUCACUAUUAUAAAUCAUUGCUUUGCUUUUCACAGGCAUGGCAGAAUUGAUAUUGUGUCAUGGCUAAAACCUUCUACUCAAACAGAUACAUACUUGUGAGACCCUGGAGGGAAAUAGAACUGGAGUAUCUUCUAAAGAUAACAGCCAAAUUCUGGACUUUCCACCAUUUUUCUAAUAUAUUUGAUGAACAGGUUUGUUAUUUCAAAAUGAUAUGAUUUUGAUUUUUGCUCUGCUCCAUUUUUCUCUGAAUUGAGUCAUGUUUCUAAUUCUAUUUCUCAAAAUGUAGAAAUCCGAUUUUCUGCAACUCUUGAAAGACUUGUAUUUCUGCCAAGGCCAUUGUGCAAUAGAAAAAGAUAACUCUAAUUUCAAAUUAAUCAAUUUCUUUUCUUCCCAAAGAUUACUUAUUCCUACUCUUUCCCUCCUCGCUAGCUUUCUGUAGAGUCUCAGGCAGAGACAGACUCAUAGAGAGAUUUUGACACCUUUAUGGCUGUUUUGCACCUCUCCCCCUUUCCCUCCACUCUCCCUACUUCCAUAUAUUUAGCCAACAUUUUUGAAAAGCUGCCAAUUUUAAUGUAAAUACAUUAAGACUUGAGAAAUAGAAGUUAAUGAAUAAAGAGCUCAUUGACUCUAUGGGUUUCCUUUAGGAAAAAGGCACAUUUUUAGAGUUUUUAUAAGCUCUGAGCUUUUACUUCCAGAAUUAACAGUGAGUGUCUCCUUUUUGAGAUGAUUUAUUAGCAAGAAGUGCUAUCAGGAGCCUGAUGCCUUCAGUUUCCACACAGGCCCCAUUUAACGGCAAACUACCAAGGGCAUUCUAGGCCUCUUCGCAUGUCUAGCGAAGGCACCAUUUGUGAGAGGAAAAACACAGACCACAGAGAAAAACAGGAAUUUGUGUCAGACCAAAGUGAAAAGACAUGAGAGAGGCUGAACGACAGUUGGUCGAGAGCCGGACCUUGUGGAUGGGAUCCUUUUAUUUCUAUUAGAGGUUUUCGAGGCAGGCUCCAACACCUACUGAAGAGUCUAGGUUUCUUCAGAAGGGCCUAGUUGGCUUCUUAAAAGUCAGGAUGUGUUGAAUUCCACCUCUAGAGAGAGAUCUUGCUAUUUCAGUGCAGAACAGUAACAAUUUAUGGUUGUUUUCAAACUGAAGUUUUCUGCUGCUUCCUGAUUCAGUUUAAUGAUGGAAUUCCAUCCUAGGGCUGACUUGGAAGCAGGGGGUAUCAUAAUGAUAUGAAGAUCAUGGAGAAGGUUUGAGCUGUGUGCUUAUACUCCAUGUGGAUUUGUCUUUGAAAAAGGAAAAGGAGUUUACCUGAUAGACUAAUGGCCUCAAAACAAAGGAAGUUCCUUCACCUGUUUGCCAUGCCUUUAGAGUGUGCAGGGGAAUUUGUCCAGAUGUAUUUACUAAACAUUUUCUAGGAAAUGGGGAAAAAAAUCCUGAUAGUCCAAAAUGCUCUCCGAAUCUGUGAGGAUUGUAUAAAAAAAGAAAACCCAAGUUUUGAGAGGGUUGACUCACUUUCUACUCCAAUUUGCCUACCUAGACUUCCUAGUAGACAAGAGGAUGCAAUCCUCAUUUAUAUUAAAGCUCCAAGAGGUUGUCUUCAUAAUCUUUGUACUCCCUGCUGCAUAAACCCCAUUUUGUAGAAAUGACACCUUAACAUUAUUACCAUCGGAAUGGACCCCAGGCCAAAUUCAAAGUGGGAAUUCCACAGUGGUAUGAAGAGAGAGGAGUGAACAGGGAGCUAUUGGUUUCUGAAAAGUUGUGACUUUCAGGCGAUAAAAAGAGGGGACAGAGAGUUUAGGGCUGGGACUAAUUUUUUUGGAUUGUACUUUAUAGGAAAGCUACUUUCUUUUCAAAGAGGUUUCAGGUGAUGUUGCAUAAAAGCGUACAAAUAAAAUAUCAUUUUAAACACAUUCAAUAAAGAGCAGUAUCCAAAAUGGGCUCUUCCAGUAUUCAUAAAAAUCAGCAGGUACAGGCAGUGAAGAUACAGCCAGAUACAGCCUCUAGAGUAAGAGGAGCUCAAAGGAAGCUAGAAGCAAGAAGGGGACAUAGAUGUGGGUGGGUUUGAGGCAGAGAAGCAGCAUGGCCUAGUGGAUAAAGUAUGAGCCUGGGAAUCAGAGGGCCCUGGGUUCUAAUUCUG